AUGGUAAAUGCUUCCCCUAAACACGUAGUUCUUGACAAAGGAAUCGCAAUGCGUGAUCCUGAAGAAAUAAAGUCCCUUGGAGGUAGUUUAAUUAAGAAGCGAACGGAACUUUUGGCUCAAGCAAUUCAUGGAAACACAGGAAAUAAAAGUAAAGUGCCAGCGCCGCCAACUCCUGAACGAAGUGAUUCCCUCCCAAAAGGCUUUGAAUUAAAUGACAAAGAUGUGAUCGUAAGAAAGAGAGACAACAAAAAGUUCCAAUUAAUCAAUAAAUCAAAAUUACAAACUGUACAAAAAUGUCCUUCCAAACCCAGGAAACUGGAAUCCAAUGAAAUAAUAUUUCUGUUGAGACAAUAUGAGAAAGCAGUUGAAGAAUUAUCAAAAUCUAAUGAUACAUCACAGGGGCAAGAACAGCGUUGUUCUCUAAUUCCUGACAUGACAGAAGAAGAAGAAGAAAUAGAAGACUCUACUUCAUCACAAAGCAGUAGCACUACCGGUUACCGACCAAUACCCCCUCCUCCUCGAAGACCUGUUGCUAGUACUACCAGUUCUGACCAGACAUAUGAUGAUAUUGGGAAUACGCCAAGAGUUGAUGAAAGUGACGAUGCCUAUGAUGACUUAACUGAAUACCAUGCAAUGGAUGGUACCGAACAGGUACUCAGUGAAGGAACAUACACUGGUGAAGUUUUUAAACUAGGCAAGCUAGAUCUCGCCAUUAAGAAAGGAGACAGAAUAAAUAUCCUUCGAAUGCAUAACAAUCCUGCAGGGAAAUGGCUAGCCAAAUCUGAGGAUGGUCGACUCGGAUACGUUGAGUCACAGUUUGUCGAAAUUUGUGCAUCCAAUAUCAAAAAUAAACUGUAA